UUGGCGUCUCGACUAGUGUCCGAAAGACAUCACGAAAGUGUGUCUGAAAGUUCCGCCUUUCUUCCAGAUCCAUUACAUAGGGGAGCUGAACUCAUCACGCAAGUCUCAAAUGUUGAUGUCCUGUUUUCUCGAGUUUGUCUCACUUUUGCUGAGACCCAACUCUACGUUAAUGGGCCAGCCAUCUACCUUAAAGAAGCUCCCUUCCCCGUUUCUAUCCUGUUCUAUGAGCCGUAA